GCCAAACACGGCUCUUGCAAAAACAGUAAGAGCCUGAGUGACGACUUUCUUUCCGCCACCAUGUCGUGACUCACACACGCAUUCCUAUAAAGGAUAGCCAUUCCACCCCCCAUGUCGCAUUCCUAAAAAGGAUGGCCACAACUACGUCGUGGCGUGGCCGUCUUCGGACAGCGAAUACACUCUACGAACUAGAGGAGAUAUCAACGUCCAUAGGAAGAGACGCUACUGCAUGCGAUUUGGUUUUAGACUCACGUGGGGUGUCCAGGUUACAUGCGAUUUUGACCUUCACCCAAGCCGGACCAGCACUUACGGAUAAAGGGUCGGCGAAUGGCACGUUUGUGAAUAGCCAUAGGCUUGUCAGGUAUUGUGAUAGUACUGCCUCGAAUGUUGAUACUAUGAAAACUACCUUCCUCAUGACGUCGCCACUAAUCGCCAAGGAAAGAAGUACAACGUGACUGAAUUACCUCACAUCCACUUGAGCACGUGGUAAAAGAGGGUACAUGACAUGACAAUGACUGAUAUUCUUUCUUGUCUCUUCUCUGCAUUCGUUCUUCCGCGGUUUCUUUCUUGUCUCCUCUCUGCAUUCUUUCUUCCGCGGUUUCUUUCUUGUCUCUUCUCUGCAUUCGUUCUUCCGUGGUUCUCCCGAGUUACUGAUUUGAGGAUACUCUACUAGUGAACAUCUAAGUAACAUUAUUAUAAAGUCGUACCAUCACGACCAUCGUUUCAGAGACGAGCCUUUCCGAUUGAAUCAUGGAGACCUGAUAUUCUUUUCGGCUUAUGAACGAACCCAUUAUCGCUUCGAGUUGCCCGGUUACGAUGCACCGCCGCUACCUGCACACGUCGCCCCUCCAGCACGCGAACCUGUCAUUACCGGCGGUUUCAACGAUGCGUGGGAAAUACAGAAGAGGUAUGUAGACUUUGUGAUAUUGUUAAGUGCUUGUUUCAUGUGUAUGUGAUUUUAGAUCUACCGUGUUGUUGCGAGCGCAUCAAUGAAGAUCAUGUACUGAUGUAAGAACCCUGAGAAGAAGUUUCCUUAAUUUAAUACUGUCUCUCCUGUCAGCGAAAACCUCCAAGGUUCCAAUACGGUGAGGAGAAUCUGACCAAUGUGGACCGUCGUAGUAUGGAACCCUCAAGGCCACUACGUGGAGAAACCUCACAGUCCAAAAAUCGCCUUAGCUAUGGCGAUUAUACUGGUGGCGAGAGCUUUAUGGCAGAAGACGACUUGUCCGAUAUUAGGGCAGAGCAGGCUAGACAUCGCCAGGUGAGACAACGGAGCCUUACGCCGAUAAUAUACGAUCGACAAAGCGAGCGGAAUGAGAAGAAUGACGACAAUUUUGACGGACAGCCCAGGAACAGCCGCGGUCGUGGUAUUAUGGAUGUGGAUGGUAAGUACUUAGUAGAAGGAACAACGGUCGGCCUAUUUAGUCUGCCAGAGACGUUACUCACGUCGUUAAGCAGUCGGUCCUUUGUAGCUGCCGUGUCUCUAUUCGGGUCACAACGGGGCCAGGCAGUUACUUGUAGCUGCUACGUGGUUCGAAUGAGUGAGUGAAUGAAUGAGUGAAUUAGUAUGCUAUUGCUGGAAACAAAACUAGAUGCCACUCAGUAGUAUAUUGAUGCUUGGCUUGGUCGGUCUUGUUCGUUUUUUCGGAAUUUUCAAUCUCUAAUCCAUGUGCCGCACGUGCCAGUUCCCGCGUCAGUCCCGAAGACAGCAUACCUCCAAACGAAGAUAUAAACCGUUCCAUAGGCCAUGACAGACGGCGUAGUUCAGCUGUGAGUAGGUCGCCUCCACGAGAGACACCACUUGUUGGCGGUAUUGAUGUUUCUGCAGGUGGUUUGGAUGAAGUACCAAGGUCAUCUUUACGCUCGAAAUCAAUCGGCACACCACCAGCCGUACGUGAUAAGAUGUCCGAAAUAGGGAGGAAGAUCGACGAAUUGGAGAAUUCCUAUGGGCCAAGUACGUAACCGAUAGAACUAGAAGGGGAAAUAACGGCGUUUCCUAAUACAUAGAAAGUUUAACCUUAUAACCUUAACCUACUUCAACUUUAUAGCCUUAUCUUGAUGAAACUUUAUCCUUAACCUUAACCUACUUCAACUUUAUAGCCUUACCUUAUAGAGUCACACCUCCACAUCUAAUCUCCGUCUCGCAGAGACAACGAUAUGCUGCAGAAUUCAUCGCUGAGGAAAAGCGCAAGAGCCACCGUGAACGACGAUGUGAUGGGUAGCAGGUUUAGUAGAGGAGAAGAUCUGGUCGGAGGAACUGACAAUCGCGCUGAAAGAAGAAGUAGCAGGAUACGGCUUGUUUUGUUUCUUUACUGUAAGCACCAUUAUUCGACGUGUUUUUCACCUACAUGUUGCUACCUGAUCAGGGAGAAACUUGGACUAUUGUAGUUAUACCUUCAGUUAAUGUUCUUGAUCACAUUAGUAGGCUUAUCCCGUGCAACAAUGUUCUUGACUGAUCGACGUCAUGAUGAUUAGACCGCUUUAAAAGAUUCACAAUAGUACUCAAAGCAAGGACCACUUUAUUGCCAUCAUCGAUCUUCUAAGGAUUGCAAGCAAUUCCGCCAGCAGAGACCUCAUUAGACCUUCAUCAGGAGGUCUGGGCUUGUCCAGUAAAGACGCGAUGCUUGGUGGUGGUGAUGGCGGAGGUGGAGGCGGGCAUGGAGGUUCGAGUGGCGGGCCAGGAGGCCCCUCAUCAGUUAGGGGUUUCUGAAUUACAUCCCUCACUACCAUCCUUGGCUCCUUUUCAAGAAGAAAAUAGGUCAAGGAUGUUCUGAAGAAUGCAAUUCGGCAACCUCUAAAUCAGGCAGUGACCCACUCCCUCAAGAAGAUCGACAUCUGUGGAACCAGCCAGACAUGAUCUCUGAUGCUCUAGCCUUGCAAAGAGCAGUAGAGAUUUUGGCACGUGUGGGUCGUACGGUUACUCGAGGCUGGGCAGUUGUACCGAAUUCGAUGCAAGAUGGGAGAACCUACCUGGGAGGAUCGGUGUCUCCGAGUGCGACGGCUUCUUUAUGAAUCGUAGACAGGAUUGAUUACUUACACUCAAUGCUUUUAUAAGUCGGGAAUAUUGACCUUUUAACUUCACAGUCGUCUUUUCUUUCCCUCUUUCAUAUCCAACCGCGCACUUGAUGUCGGCCACUGCUGAUGGUACUCUAGCUGCUGCAAAUGGGACGCUCUCUCAAAUAGCGGGUCUCGACCGCAGUCCUGCUCCAGCCCGUGGCGGUGGCGGCAAAAAGCGCCUCAAACAAGAGGAAAUCGCUUUGAUGAGUGGCUUUGCCAAUUUUUUCCGUGAUAUCACCUUGGAUAAUGCGGGAGGGCGACCCGAACUGCCACAAAAGAUUCUAGAAUUGUCUGGGAGACUGGACAAUCUUUUCAGGGAAACACAGGCUGGGCGAGAUGUAUUGGCGAUUGCAGCAGAGAAAGUAGCAGAGGGCGAAAUGGAGAGAAUAGUUGGUGGUAGACAACAGUUGCGAUCACAACGUGGAAGUGACGUGUUGCUGGAAGACGAUGCCAUUGACGGGGGGAAUCUGUCUGGCGGGAGUUCGUCGGAGUAUUCUUCUGUUACGAAAAGUGGCCUUCAUUGGUGGUUACUAAUGCUAGUAAGUAUGAUAAGUAGGUUCUUUAUCUUUUGUUUCCAUUAGAUACUAAGCGGUAAAAAGCAGGUACUAGCGCUCUAAUCGUCGUUUUUCCGAUUCCAACGCACAGUCCUCUGCUGGCGAAUCCGAGGAUUCUGAGGACGAAGAGGCGCGCGCGAGAAGGGAAGCCAGGAUCAAGCAGAGCCGGAAGUACCUGACGGACAUUGUCCGUUUGCAAGACCUGCAGUUGUCCGAGGCACGCGCGAGGUUGGCCCUGUACCAAAAGCACUUUCCGGAACAGGUGAAGAGUGACACGCUGUCUGCUUGGCGAGAUCGCGUCGCAUCUUCAAGUGGAGAAGUAGGAGGUUCAUAUGGAAUUGGAGGGACCUCUGCAUCUGCGAGUGGAGCUGCUGACUUGAUGAUGUUUCCUUCAUCGUCCUCUCUUGCCGCAUCAAGUAAUGCUACUGAAGAAGCUAUGAAAGGAAAGAGGUAUUCAUACUCAGAAAGUUAGCUACUUUUCUACUUAAAAUCUAGACCUAAUUUCAUGAGGAUGAGUACACUUUUUCCUGUCAUGGAAGCUACGCAAUUGAUGCGAUUAUCCUGGAUGUUGGAAAACCAGCUGGAUGAGUACACGCGCACAGAAGAGGCUGACACGAGGCACUGGAAGGGCUUGCAGAUCGAAGCCAGUUUGUGGCGGGAACAGACUGUAGUAUUAAGGGUAGGUUAAAGGUGCUUUUCUUACCGCUUUUUAUGCCUCUCCUAAGGGAGAAAGGCAUAAAAAGCGGGGUAAGCGAGCACCAAAAACCUACCUCUAAUAGUAGCACAAAGAAACUUGAAAAAAUUGAGACUACAAAGUAGGGACCUGGCGAGGCAGGUGUUGAAGCUGAGAUCCGGAAGUUUGUUCCCGGGUGACGGAGGUGGGGAAGGACGUGGACUACUGACGGCAGAAGCAGCUGGAGCAAAUGGUAGUGGGGUUGUGGGGGCGUCGGGUGUGGGAGGAGAAGGUUAUGAUUCUUGGAAGAAGAAAAUACUAUUAAGCUCAUUCCUGAUCUAAGUAGUAGAGACCUUGAUCAUAUAGGACAUAUAAGCACACUGUUUUGUCUUGCCGAAGGUAUAGAACGACCUUUUGAGACAUAAUGAUGAUGAUAAGCACAGGAUUAUUAAAGUCUUUCGCUUUCGAGACGUUUACUACUUUGUUGCAAACUUGGUCUCAGUUACUACAUAUCUAAUUCUCAGCGGAGCAAAAAGCAAAGAGACUGAGAACCAACCUUCUAGAACAUCUAGAACGCGAAGUCCAAGCCUUUUCUCUGCAGCUAGAGGAAAGCGAAGCAGUCAUCUCAAGACAAAAAGAAUGCGUCAGCCUAGAAAAGGAGCGCGCAGACCAUGUCGAAAAAGAAGCCGCUAAUAUGCUGCAUGCCGCUGAUGGCGUUGAGGAAGCAGCGAACUCUGGCACGCUAGAACGAGUGGUGGAACUAGAAAACCUAGUGAGUUUCCUACACUGGAAACGCAGUUUGAUCUCCGCCUCAAAGAGUCGCAAGGCUAGGAAAAAACUCUUUGGUAGUCGAAGAAGCAAGUUAGUCCGGUCUGGUGCGUAUUUCUAUCCCCCACGAGCAAGGAAUGUUGCGGAAGUUUUGGAUUCGCUAGUGUCAGCGUCGAAAGCCGCGUUACUAGCUUCAAAUGCCGCUGCUGCUGCUUUACAGAAGGGACAAGAAGACUCAUCAUCUACUACAAAUGCGGCGGGAGGUUUUCUUCCAUCACAUCUUCAAGGCGCGAAUAGUAACAAGCAUCUUGCACAACAAAUCAAUGCUGCGCAGAAUCUUAGUGUUCCACCUCCAAGUAGAACAGAUUAUACGAGCACUCUACUUCAGCCUUCCGCACCACAUGGAGUAGGACUACAACAGGCCUCUUCGGCAGAAUCAGAAGAGGCGAAGCGUCGUAGGAGGACAGAGCGAUUUGAGGACAUGCUAGCGGAGUCUCUGAGGAUGCACAAUUUGGAACAAGCAAAAGUGUUGAAAGACCUCUGGCAACGGAAGCUGGCGGAAGAAAAAGCAAGAAGAGUUAAGGGUAGGGUAAAGGUGCUUUUGUUCCCGCUUUUUAUGCCUUUCCUAAGGGAGAAAGGCAGAAAAAGCGGGGCCCACGAGCACCAAGACCCUACCUCUAAAAGAGAAGCACUAGAGGAAGCGGCCAGAAAGGAGAAAGAGGAGAGGGUUGCUAAUGUACUAGACUUAAGAUUUGUUUAACCGGUUAGUUUUUACCUCUAAAACUUAGGCUCAUCCCAUGCAGCAAUAUGCUUAGACUUAAGAUUUUCUUCCCCAAGAAGUGAGAGCGACUUUGUAUCGCAACAAUGAUCACCAGGAAGUCGCCGCCCGUGAAGCUUUGCAAAAGGAGUAUCAGCCAACCGAAUUAGACCUCGCUUUCGGCGUGCGCGCAGAAGAAGCUACUGGUGUCUCAUUUUUCAGACCUCAGCCUCAGGUAGGAGAUGAGAGCCAUUUGUUGGGGAGGACGGCUUCUGGCUCAGGGCCUCAAGGUGGGGCAGCCGAUCGAGCUGGAGCCGCUUUUCCUGGUCUCAUCGGAGGAAACAACAAUGCCUCACUACUCUCCACAGUCGGCGGUGGCGGAGAACCUUCUCCAGUUAAGGCUGUACCUUGAAGCGUAUCUUUGGACAUCACAUCCUUGAUGAAAUGUAUGGACAAGGAGUAUCCACCUCAGGGAACAAUGCUCUCCCAUAGUACUUUUCAAGGAUGCACUUGAAAGAUGAAUUACGGGCAGCUCUAACCCAGUCGAGCUUCAACGAACAACUGGCGCAGCGUCGAGUUUUAGUCCUCUGAAUCAUUUAGCCUCGUCAUCAACCAGAGCAAGCGCAAGAGGAGUACGACCACCCGGUUUGUCGUCGAAUUCUUUGCAGGUUUCCUUCGAUCCGAAUACAUCUGCAGGUGGCGGAGGCCCUGGUUGGGGCGCAAGAAACGUGAAUAGGUACACAGAACCGAUGCAGAGGCCUCCGGAUUUGGAUGAUCAAUUGCGGCAUCCAGACAAGUACGUGCCACAGAUAAUGGUGGAUCUGCCUGAUGACUGAUAGGUACGGGCAAGGGUGCAUGACUAACUAAUUUGACAAUCUCCCAUACCCCAAGAUUGGAUACACUACUACUACUACUUGAUGAUGAUUCAUCUGAUGAAUGGUGCAGAAGAGUAGAAGAGUCUUGAUCUGAAGGCUGGAUGGAUGUAAAAAGUAUUGACCGCUCCCAUGAUGUAAAAAGUAUUGACUGCUCCUGGGGCAGUAUGAUUUUGCGAGAUUUGGAUGUGAUUAUAUCGAGCGAAUGGCGCUCUCUCAAAACUUCUGAGUACUUGGUUAUAUUAGCAAAUUGUUACCGGAUUGCUCCAAAACCCAAGAACGUAGCGUGAACAACAAAGGAUGAUAUCGAAAUUGACAAAAAUAAUACGUGUGUUGUCCAAUGUUCCUUCAAAGCCAAUUUGCGAAUUGCAAUCUCAUUUUUCACGAUUUCAGUUCCUU